AUAUUGAGUAAAGGACCUCAGUAAACCUCGGUAUGUUUAUAUAGCGCUAAUGAAGAUCUGAGCUGACAGAUCAAAAACUUUCGAUGUUGUUAGUUAUAAAUGAAAGUUUGGGCUCCAUUUUAAAGCAUAAUUCUUUUUGUUCAAAUUGUAGAUGGCAACGAGCAAGAUUUCUGAACGUUGUGUGUUUAUUUGUCUUCUUGGUUUAACCAGUGUGACUCUGAGUGUAUCCUAUGUAACACCAAUCCGCAACUCAGCAGGUAUUGUAGGAGAGCAGGCUAUUGUGUGAGGUCGUGGGUUUAAUUGUCGCUGGGAACUCAUGCAUGACAUUCAUGCAGGGCAAUUGCUAUAGAUAGUAUACUUCAAAAUAAGGUUUCCGUUGUUAUAUCAAUUUUUAAAAUAAGUUAAGAUUAGGUUAGGGUCAGAUUUCUGUAUGUACGUUUUGAGCAUGAAAUGCAUGUAACAGUAAUAUGAAUAACCGUGAAUGAAUAGAACAAUCCUGAACUGAUCCGAUCAUGUGUGAACGUAUUAUUAAAAUAAUAAUACCAACACAAUGUUUUAUUUAGAAUGUAUAUUUCCACUUGUUAUUGUAAGUAAAUACUGUAUAUAAUAUAAUGUAUUUUAUUACUGUUCUAGUUCUCUCCUACUCAAUGCCAGUUGGGCAAACAACCAAGAAUGGCAAAGUGCAGUACAAUGACACAUCCUAUAAUGGAUUAAUUAUCAAUGGCUUUUACAAAGGUGGCACUGGAAUACUUACAGAUAGAAAGUUUGGUCCUGUUAACUCAAAAGAGAUGGUGCAGGGAACUAAGCCGAAAGGCGAAGAAUGGGCGGGAUGGACUGACACUCAAUCAUCGUAUAUCGACAUCACAUUUGAGUUUUCUGGAGUGCGAAAGUUCACAAAUGUUAUACUAUUUAUGAAUGUUGACAAGAAACGUGGUAAUGCUGUAUUUAAUAGAUCACAGAUAUUCUUCUCUUCAACCAAAGACAGUUUCUCAAACACAUCAUUUCUUCAGUGCUAUCCAAGAGAUUCUGAAGCCAGAAAUUAUUCAUACAAUGCACUUGUAAUUUUGUCACUUUGUGAAAAUACAGCAAGGUUUAUGAAGUUGAGGUUAUAUUUUGGCGGAACGUGGUUGCUAAUCUCUGAGAUCAGCUUUGAUUCAGGUAUUUUGUUAUAUUAUGUCAAUUACUGUAAAACAUAUCUAUUUCCUUUUGUUCUUUUAACCCACUAUCUGUCCAUGCCUUUUGUUAACUUAACACAUUAAGACAAGUUGUAAUGUCUGAUGUCUCCGACUUUGGCAACCCGUUAAGCUGCAAUGCGCCCUGAUGCGCCCAAUUUGUUAUUUUCCUCUGUUUAACGCCAGACGAUUUUACUCGUCAAGAAAGAAUUUUACUCGUCAAGAAAGAAUAUACAUCGGAGAAUGUAACGAAGAACGAUAGAAUGUAACGAAGAACAAAAAGAAUGUAACGAAGAACGUCAAGAAUGAAGAAUGUAACGAAGAAUGAAGAAUGUAACGAAGAACGUCAAGAAGAUUUUGUAUGAAGAAUGUAACGAAUGAAUGUAACGAAUGUAACGAAUGUAAUAUAUGUAACGAAUGUAAUGUAAUGAUUGUAAUGUAAUGAAUGUAACGAAUGAAGAAUGUAACGAAGAACGUCAAGAAGAUUUUGUAUGAAGAAUGUAACGAAGAACGUCAAGAAGAUUUUACUCGUCAAGAAAGAAUUUUACUCGUUCAAUUUUACUUGUCAAUUUGUUAUUUUCCUCUGUUUAACGCCAGACGAUUUUACUCGUUAAGAGGAUGCUGACACUCAAUGGGUUAAUAUACUCUGUUUAAUGUCAGAUGAUUUAACUCUUGAAGAUAUUCAAUGUUAAUAUGGGUUAAAUAAACUUUAUGCAGUUUUUUAAAAAUUGUGUCUGCUAUAUAUUUAAAACACGAGCAGGAGUGCUUUAUCAGAUGUAAAACACGAGAGAGUGAAGCGCGAGUGUUUUAUAUCUGAUAAAGCAUGGACUACAAAUGUUUUAAAUGGCUUAAAAAACGACCCGUCUGAUGAGUUCAUUGGCGAAAUAAUUUUAAAAAUAAGCGUUGUUUAAGACAGAAAAUUAAGGCUAAAGUUUAUGUAAUCAUUUACAUAUCAUUUACAUUUUUUUAUCACAUAUAAAACCACCGACACGGUAGCAAUUUCCUUGGUGUUUUCCUUAUCAAUUAUUGAGUGUUUGAAGUACCGUUUAAUUCUGUAAACAGUGACUAAAUUUUGUUUUGUUUUGAUAUUGUUAGUUGCUGCCAGUGGAAAUGAAAAGAAGUCUCUUCAAAACUGUUCAGGAGAUACUUCUAUUGUCACUAGAUCGUCCACAACCACUUCACAAAUGAAAGCAUCAACGAAGUCUGGAUACAUAGGUAAGUUAUUAAUAUUUGAACUGUUUAUUUGUAUUUGUUUGGAAACUCAUCUAUGUUAGUCAACGUUUAUGCAAAAAUAUGGUCCUUCAUCGUCACGCGCGUAUUGUAUUUUUGACAAAUCUAACAAUAGCAAUUUGUAAGUUUCCCAAUUGUUCAAGUGACGGAUAGCUAUAACUUUUCUAAAACAUUGCUAUUAGUUGGUUGGGCAAAAAUACAAUACGCACGUGACGGUGAAAGACUGUACUUCUGAAUAAACCUAAACAAAAACAGACGAAGGGUUGUAUAACUUAUAUUGUAAUUCUAAUGAAUUUCCAAAUCAUCUCUUCUAUUAUAACUAUUAUCAGAGAAAAGGUAAAAUUGGCUGGAUGUUGUCCAAUGACCGGUAAUAAUUUGCAGGUCUGGAUUAGAGGAUUAAGAUUAGAAUUGUGGUUAAGAUUGUAUGCAAACUUAAUUAAAUGUGGAACUAUAGAUUACUCAAUAAUGUUCUCUUAUUUUACCAUAAAUUUUAAUUCAAUAGAAACAACAAAUUCAAUCUUGAUCAUCUUCAUGGGUGCAGGCGUAACUCUUGCCAUCGUGCUUAUCGUCUUAUUUGUAAUUCUGAUAAUAUACAAAAGACGUCGCCAGGCCUCGAAGUCAGCGAUUUCUGUGGACAGACAUGGAUUAGAAAAUCAAGCAGCAGAGGUAGAAACAGAAUCACCGCCAAAUAAUAAUCAGGUAUUUGAACAUAACAUUGAAUUGUUUAUUUCAUAACAAAACAGGCCUGCUCUGCAUCUUCAAUCGUAUUAUUUCACAGUGAGGUGUGGCGAGUAACAUCACAGAAUAAACUUGAAAACACGGUUAAGACAUGUCACUAGUUUCCCUUUCUUCGUAGAAAACUCAGGUCUAGUAAGGAAAUAUAAACUAAACUUAUUUCAGUUUGGAAUCAUUCUCUCGAGAGCAGUAGGGGUUAGGUGAGAGCCUUUACCGUUCAGUGUUACUGCAAGAGGAAAUUGGAUUACCAGGAGAAGACCUUCAAUAUUUGGAAGAACGAAACUUGAAGCACUCUUCUCACACAUGACUGAGGCGAGUUUACAAUCAGACGACUGCAUAUUGUGGAAAUAAAAUUUCGUUCACAGAGGUCGGAAAGACACACACUAACCACUCCCAUUUUCCACUAGGCGAAUUUGUUCGCAAAUCUUCGCAAUGUGAUUGGUCAGCGAAAAAAUUCGCCGCGAAAAAGUUGGAUCAGUUCCUACUUUUUUACUGUUCACGCCAACAUUCACCUGGUGGAAAAUGGGCUUAACACUUUAGACAAUAUUUCCUGCGUUUUUAAAACAAUAUUGUUAAUACAGGAAUUAGAUCAUGUUGGUCCAAAUAGUGGCAGAACAGCACCAUACGAAGAAGUUGAGAUCGUCUCACCAUCUUCAGUUUACGAAGUGCUUAGCAGAAACAGCCUAGACGGAAGGGAAGCAACAAAUUCUGAUCGUAGCUGGCGUGAUGUUAUUCCAGCUAAUGGCAGAACAUCACCAUACAGUGUAGUCCAAAUCAUUUCACCACCUUCUGUUCACGAAAUGCUUAACAGAAACCGACCAGACCGAAGGGAAUUGGAAACGGCAAAUUCUGAUCGUAGCUCGGCUUAUGUUAUUCCAGCUAAUGGUAGAACAUCACCAUACAGUGUAGUCCAAAUCGUCUCACCACCUUUUGUUCACGACGAGCAUAACAGCAACCAGUUGGACGGAAGGGAAACAGCAAAUUAUGAUUGUAGUUCGGGUUACGAAAAAGUCCAAAUCUCGUCACUGUCAGGCUACACCCAGCUUGACAAAAACCGAGCAGACGAGACAAAUGAUCACACCUACCAGAAAUUGUUAAAACGCGACUCAGAUUAUUUGAUACCAACUCACGCGGAAGCAGAACCUUCUUACGUAGAAGAUGGGGAAAUAAAAACGACUCCUGGCUACACGGAGCUGGACAAUACGAAACGAGUACAGGAUGAUAGCGCUUCUUACCAAAAAUUGAUAAAGAAAUAAAAGGAUGUCUUUGGACGGCAUUUUUCAGUUAAAAUUUAAACUAAUUGUCAGCUAUUUGUAAGGUAUUUUGUAAGAUGACAGUUCCAAA